UGUUGUAGAGUGCUGUGUCUUUGAAUGGAGCUUAGGUGAAACUUCGCUGCAGAAAACAGUCGUUUUUGUCUCUGCACCGUGGACUCACGUCGCGUCCAUUGUUCAUGUGUGUUUCGUAAUUUGCAGUUUUUGUUGUUACCUCUUUAGCAGCAGUUUUUUUUCUUCGCUCUUCUGUACGUUGGUUCACCGUUGUGUGCAAGGAGGUCGCAUCUUCAUCUAGUGAUAAAUUGUAGUGCAAGAAGUUCGUGCACCGUCCGUUAAUUAAGUAAAUAUUUGAAGUGCACAGAUAUAAUUAGUCAGUCCUGUGUGUUGCUACAGCUGAUACAAAUCGAAUGAACGAAGUCGCUGUUGACAUUGAGCCUCAUUAGAGCCGGGUUUCUAUAUAAAACGAGAUGACCCUGCCUUCGAUGAGAAAUCAUCGAAUUAACUUCACCGAUCCUAUAAUCCCAAUCCACGUAACUCUGGCUGAAGUUGCGCGGGUCCGCCAACCUAACUAAUAAUGUCAGGAUGGACCGACAGGCGGACAUCCACUUUGAAGGCGGAAAACAAAGGAAAAAGUAAUGCAGCCGUUGACGAAGACUUCAAGCCACCGGAAAGCUCUAUCGCGGAGAGUUUAACGUUGUCCAGUAAGUUUCCCCUACGUAAGAUCGGAGAUCUUUUCCGGAGCAAGCUACGCAGUUCGGGCAGUUAUUCCAUCAAAAGUUUCAAUCAUAGUGUUGCUCAGGAGUGUAAAAUAUCCGAAUGUGUAACAUUGGACGUGGAAAAUAUUCCCACCCCGGUGAAGAAACCCGAACGGCCCGUGCCUACCGUCGAAAUAGUGACGGCGGUCGUGAAUGAAAAGGUUACCCCGAGUGAAAAUGAAGUCACAACAAUCAGCAGUUCGCCGGUUGUACGAUCGCGGAAAGUCACUACGCUUAAUCGAACGUUUCAGCGGAAAAAGAGCGCGAAUACAAACACUGCCGAUAGCACGGUUUCUCAACAACCUACCGGUGUGGUAGCUGAACCGGCUGGCAAUGGCCAGAAGCGUCCGUCGAUCAGCAGUCAGGAUACGGGUGUCGGAUCGGACGUGGUGGUGGGCAAAGGCACCGGGCGAGAACGUGUAAAUUCAACGUCCCACUAUUCGACAGAAAAAAGUGGAUCCUCGGGUUACUACAGUACAAACAUCUACUUCGCCGGCGGAUCGGUAGUGGAUGAGCAUAUCUAUUACGAGCCGGUGGAUCGUGGUCGCAAACAGUCUACGGAGAAUGGAGUGACCAAACCUCCGGAGACGGUUCGUAAGAAAGAAGGUAUUUUGAAGAACAGUCGAGCCAUUCCGGAUGCCCCUCAACCUCCGCAGAAUGGCCGUCCAUUAGAAAAGUAUUACUAUCCGGCAACGUUGGAGAACGUUCCGAACGAACCGACAGUAAUGCGUGCUAAACCGGUUACCAAUGAAAAACAGACGGACAUUGCCGAAAGUCCGGACGGGCAGAUCCCCAGACCGAUUUGGCCUUUGGAUGCUGAUGAUUCAUUGGCCGAUAUAAAUUUGGAAGCUUUCCGUAUGCGACGGAGUAGUCAGCAAAAUUUAAUUGGGUUCGAAAGUUCCGCGUCAUCCAAUUCAGAUAAUGAAAUAUAUUCCGUCAGUCACAAAAAUGUGGAUGAUUCAGCAAAGAACAAAUCACAGUACGAAGAGUACCUGGAGUUUCAUAACACGCGCAACAUUUUGGAACAGAUUCGGGGGAAGUUGGACACACUGCUGGAGCAACGGAAUGAGAACAUGCGGGCAAAUGUUGGAAGCGAUCGUACGAUGCCGACACCGGCGGAAAUCGAGCUGGAGGAGAAGAUAGCUAAUCUGAAGUCGGACCUGGAGGAAUAUCUGCGUUCUAUGAACCAGCAGAAUGAGAACGAAAUCAAUCGGUUCGUGAAGGGAAUAUCCAAAGAUGCCAAAGUGAAGGCGGUGCAAAAUGCCGUCGAACAUCGAAAUCGUUCCCGUGGCUCUUCGGUUCACAUGGAGAACGAAUACGAAGUGAUGGAUAAUCCAAUACCGUACCAAUCGUUCUACACGGCGCAUCCUCAGCGAACUAUGAAACGCUAUCCUAGGGAGGACCGCGGUCCAGAAGAUCAACAGUCGCAUUUCGAGACGAUAUACGUUCAGGAUGGGUUCAACGUGCGGCAACUGAAUCGACCUGUUCCGAAUCCGUUUGCCCAGGAAGCCCGCACGGCGCAGAUUUUGCACAACCAGCAGCAGCAUCUACGGGCGAUGUGCAGUCAGAAGCGUUACCUUUCUAGUGAUGAGAUAAAGGUGUGCAAUAGUUUAGAGGGUCGUGUGCGAAGACCUAGUCGAGUGUCGAUUGAGGUGCCCGACGGUCGAAGAGACGGUGUUCAUCUGGUGAACGGUAGUGGUGGUGGGGGUAUUUCAGUGGACGGGCGCAGCCGGCGUCAGUCGGAAGUUAGCAAUAGCAAACAUCUAGGCAAGGGUUCCGAUGUGAGUGGUUUUACGUUGCAACGAGUGAUUUUGAUGGAAAGUUUAGGGAAAAAUGGGAAGCUUUUUGGUGAUAAAGAGAAGAUGCUGCUCGAGUAUCAUCUCAACAAACCGAGCUACUGGGAGCUGUAUUAUGGUGCUAAUCGUGAGGAGCAUAAUCCACACCACACACUGAUACGGAAGGUUAAAGUUGGAGGGAAAAACGCGAUAUCGGUUUCAUAUCCCUCCACCCGACCGGAAUCGGACUUCACGUUGGAUCUGCCACGGGCCGAACAGCUGCGGGUCAAGAUGAAGAAGGAGAAACAGUUUCGCAGCCGCUGUCGGUGGUUCUUCUACUUUCUCAGCGUAGUUUUCUUCCUGCUGUCGGUGAUGGUGGUCAGCCUCAUACUGACCCGGGGCAAGCGGAUGUUUGGCAGCAUGAUUUGACGACGGUUACCUGACCGGGAAGGACGUGUGUGCGUUUGUGUGCUCCUCGCGCUAUCCGUUUGCUAAUAAUAGAUGCCAUCGGUGCUGUGUUGUGCUUUCCAGCAAUCAGUCGGUUCGCCGAGUUCGUCCCAAGGAUAUAUAUUUUUUUUCGACACACAAGGGAAAACCGGGAACUGCUGAUUCGUUUUUUAGCUAUGUAGACCAAUUUUACUAGUGUAUUUAUUAUGUGAUAAGCUGGAUCUUGAACAUGCUAUUUUGGACGGAAAUAUGAUGAGGUUUUAGUGUUGCAUUGGAAACGAGCCUUAAAGCUUUCGGAAGCUGUGAGCUUUUGACGGUGUUGCUUCGGUUGGUGGUAGAAAUCGAAGUUCCUCACUGUUUUAAACAAUCUUUCCCUGCCGAAUACGCUCGAAUGAUACCUGAAAACAAUUAUUUUCACUGCAUUCAAACAAAGAGUAGAAUGUUCGUAAUGGUAUGAUUUGAUCUUGGAGUUUUCAUUACAAAAAUCUACAGUUAUUUUGGGAACCUAAACCUGACAAAAAUGAUGAUUUAUUUCAGUAAGUUCAGUGCACAGUCGCGAAUGCAAUUUGCAAAAGAUGGAAACUCAAAUCAAGUAGUAUUUCUUGAUUCUGAUAAAUUAAAUUCUCGGUUCAUAACGUAAUCCGUAGCACUUAAAGCGUGUAUAAUUGGUUUCUUUUUUUCUUUCAGUCACUAUACUUAAAUAGAACAAAUAUUUAGUUAAUUAUUUUCUUAUGCUUGCAUUCAUUAAGAUCAUGAACUAGAAGAAUCGAUCGAAAAACUAUAUUUUGAAAAGUGAAAAAAUAUCACCAUAAUAUCAACAAUUUGACUAACUAAAAAUUGAAUUUCAAAUUUGUGUUAUUGUUUAGCACAAAUUGGAGACACUUUCAAAAAACAUUUUAACUGAGCUUCGUCUUCGAUUAAUUAGUAUAUGGAAAUUCCUGCUAAACCCGGUGAACGACCAGAAUUAGGUUAAAACCGGGGAUAAAUAAACGAUAUAAUAAUAAUAAUAAUAAAUUCCUGCUUGGAGAUUUCAGCAUCCAUAGCUUUUUCUUGAAAACCUGUUUUUACGGAGCUUCAAAUGCCUUGCCAGCUCGCACGUUUUCUUGUGAAUUACUCGGUCAGCACGAAUUUUCACUUGCUUGAAACACCACCUAGGCCAAUGACUCCAUAGAACUGGGAAUAACUGAGAAGGCUCAUAAUCCAUCUACAAGAUCGCUUCGUCAUCCAUGGUCCACAUUGUAUAACUUCCGGACACGUCUUACGGUCACUAGAUUCUGUUUCAGCGUCCUGUUCUUGUUGUCUGCUCACCCGAAAGAGCGAAAUCCUAACAUCUUUGAAACAAAAUAAAUCGUGAUAAAAUUUUCAGCACUUAAACAGAAAACAUUUUACCGACAACUUGGAGCGCUACCGUAUAAUGAACAGUUUGUCAGUUUGUGAACGGCUCUGGCUUUAUCAAUUGAGCUAAUGGUCAAAUAUAAAGUGCUGCUCAAGUGGAGCAAAACUUCACGUUUGUUCAGGACUACAAGUUAAACAACAACAAGCAUGAAUACCUUAAAUGCAACGGCGAGACGAAAACAGAAAGUAUAGAAACAUAUAUGACUUUUGUAGUAAACCUUUUGUUUGCAGAUUUUACCAUACAUUUCGUUUCGCAAUCUCCAGAUUUGCAUUUAAAAAAAUUUAAUUGGUGCGACGACAUUGCAAAUGUUAGUGUUUCGGCAACGACACUCUGAAGAAAACAGUCAUUUAUCAGGGGCUCGAAUGUUUCAAAAGUGGCCACAGAUCUGUGAAUAAUGAUGAGUGAAGCGGUAGGCCAUCGAUAUCGAAAACCGAAGAAAAUUUUAACAAAGUCAAUCAUGAAUUCCUUUCACGAGGCCAGACCGGCAACACGGAGUAGCAUUUGGGCGUUAUGAGACGUUCGCGUGAAGCAAUUCACCGAAAAUCAACAGAUUUGUGCACAAACAACUCGUGGAUCUUACACCACGAUAACGCACCUAAAAAUGAAAUGAAUGCCAUUCAGCAACCACCGAAUUCACCGGAUUUGGCUCCUUGCUACUUUUUCCUAUUCGGUCGACUGAGGAAAACCGCUCCGUGAAACGCUUUUCAGCACCCGAGAUGAGAUUAUGGAAAAAUCACAGAUGGCAUUGAUGCCGAUAUCGAAAACAGAAUAUAAAAAAUGUUUCGAGGAUUGAAUCAAGUGCUGGCAUAAGUGUGUUGCCAUCGAUGGGGAGUACUUUGAAUAUCGAUUUUGAUGAAUAAUCUUCAACUUUUUGAUGAAGGUAGUACACCGAUUUGAAUGCAACUUUGCAUACUUCUACAGUAUGACAAAGCAUUUGUUUUGUACGGAUGAAGAGACCAAUUUGACUCAAAACUGAUUUAUAAAAAGGUCUUUCUUGGAAUCAUUUUGGCGCGACAAGUAUUAAUUUGUUCCAAAUCAGUGGCGUCUCGUCCUCAUGUGCAUAUCGUGCACUGCACAACCGGUAAAAUUCAGUAAAAUUGUUUUUUAAAUUCUCAACUUAUCCGAUGAAAGCAGGUCGGAUGGUACCGAAUAUAAAAUUAUGAGCGAUUUUAUCCACAACAAUUCCACAAAAUUUCAAGUACCUCUUGUCAUUGUGUUAGUGUUUUUUUUCAUGCACAUGAGUUACUGCACAGAUUCAAGUGAAGAACGAAUUACUCAGAUCAGCUCUAAGAUUUGUUGUUCUCUCUGUCACGUUUAGCUCUGUGAGAACUUGUAUGCAUACCUUCAGGAGGGGUUUCAGUGGCUUAUGCUUAUGGCAGUUCCAAACAAAAUGCUGUUUCAGUUGCCACGUCAAAACGGUUUUAUUGAUAAAGUUAUUGACAGAUUUGCUCGAUGUGCAAAGCGCCAAAUGCUUCUAUUGUGUCAAUGAUACAAGUUCAAAAAAAAAUCCCAUCCAAAAGAAUAUCAAUAUUUCAUUGUAUUGAAAAACACAAACGAAUAUUCAUUUCUCAAUCGUUAUCUUUCAUAUACAACGGACUGUUACAACUGAUGUCAUACCACAUAAGCAGUGCACAACCCGUAAAUGUCGUCACGAGACGCCACUGUUCCAAAUGGAGUCUAGGAGGUAGUUGUAGGAAAUCAAGCGGGCAUUUGAAAAAAGUUCAAUGAAAAUUUACCGAGUAAAUGGAAUAACUAAUUAAAACCAAGAAAAACGAAUCUUUAUUUUCGCAUUUGGUAUUUCUCUCGAGAUAAUUGCCCUUUUGGAACAUUUUGGUAGAAAUAAUGCAACUAAUUAUAAAUACCAUUAAUAUACUAAACUGAAAAAGUGUUCUGAGAAUGAAUAAAACUAAUGUUGUCAUAUGUUAAAAUCUGUCGAGCAAUCCUUGUACAAAGGCUUAAUUCAAUUUCCAUUUCAUAAAUUAACGCCCAUUCGUGGCACCAUUCAAAAGGUCUUGGGUAAUGGAGUGACUGAUUUUUUUUUCGGUGAUUUCAACCAAUGUUUUGCCUAAGCCAAUUCGUUCGCCAAUGCUGGCUUAGAACUUCUCAACCGUACAAUAUUCCGGUGUCCCAUCGUAUAGGGUUGUCAACUUUUGGUACGAAGCUAUUACGGUUGACUCUGUAUCCCUAGUCGCAUGAGGGAUCGAAAACGUAAAUUUGGUUUUUUUAAACAGUAUGAGUAUUAGCUGAUUACGAGAGUUCAACGUUUUGGAUGAAAUCUGUUUCCUCGUACGAAAUCUCAUACAAACUUUAAACCGUGCAGUUUGGUUAAGUUUUCACAAUCAUGCUCAAAGGCUAUAGUGAGGGUAAGUUAUAUUAGAAGUAAACGAAAGGUGCAAAACUACGACAACUAAGUACCAUGCGUUUCCUUCUAAUACAGCUUCAAUGGCAACGCAUGGUUGAUAGCCUUAUAGGACUCAAAUGGAUGUUAACUGCACUUGAAACCAGACCAGUCAACUGUAAUGCGGUAACAUGAAACUGCUUUGAUGUGCCUCGAGUCUCGUACUUCAUCACAGUGGUUCUAAAUUGAAUGAUAUCGGUCGUGAGAAUGUCAUGGUUUCUUAAAAAGGGCAUUUUUUUUGUUAUGAUAAUGCAUGGAAAAACCCUCGCAUAAUGAAGUAUUUAGCCGUAUUUCCGUAUUUAGGUCUACUUUGUAAUAUAUAUGAACUUAUGUCUUAAAAUAUGAAAGAAUUCUAAAUAUGAAUUGUGCGAUGAACGUAUUUUUUUAUGUUCGAUUCCAACAUUGGGAUUUUUUAUCCCAACUGAUGUUUGCUUUCGAUUAGCAAAUAGACUGCUCUGAAGACGAAACGUAAGUAAUUGUGGUUGAUAUAAUGCCAAUUUUGCAUAACGAUGCGCAAAACACUGCGUUCUAUAAACAAUUUUUCGUUCAUUGCUCUGGGAAUGGGUAUUUUUUUCACAGAUACACUCUAGUCUCUUUUUAUUUUCAAAGUUAUGAGUCGUCGAAAUUUGGUGUUCUUUUGAAACAAAAAACAUUGUCAAGUCUUUGGUACUUCGAUUUUCUUCAAAAAAAUAUGUUUUUUUCGAGAUAACGCCAGAUGUUCGAUGUAUUUCUAAAACAUUUAACGACAAACAACUAUUUUCCCUAGUUUUUUCGACAAAGAAUUGUUUUUAGUUUCACAUUUUUUAAUGUGGAUUAUUGAUGUCAUGCAGUUACAUAUGAGUUUUAUGAGAAUUUUUCUGUAGUACGUAUCUUCUGUAUCAGUCUGUGUUUCCAUCUCUACGAAAAAUACGAAUAUUGUGAUUGAACAUGGCACUUGUAAAAUUAAUUUUUUUUUCUGUGUAGUAUAAUUUUCGUGCAAUGUCAGAAACGUACCAAAUUUUAAGAAAUAUUUAAAAAAAUGUGUCGUAUGCAAAUGGACAAAGGAGUUUCCUGUCUGGUGGUGAUGAUUUAUUGAGUAUUGGAAAGAAAAAAGAUUGUACGAGAAAUAAUACCAUUGUUGUUUCUUGUACACACAAAAAAAAAAGAAUAAUACAGGUGACUUAAUUUCUCAUACGAUGUAAUUCAUAAAGACCUAAUUCGUCAAAUGACGGAAAAUUUCAUUUGUAUUGAUUUAACGUUAGAUUGGCUUGAAUUUUACUGGUUUCGACUGUAACUUGCAUUAUGCUAGCAGGUGCGACUGUAUGAAUUCAAAUGCACCUUUUUUAUGCUUCUGUGGCUCAGUCGAUCCAUAGACGUACAUGCGAUCCAAUAAUACUCGGUUCAAGUCGCGGCGAUUGCUACCAGUAUUCUUUUUUUAUUUCAACGAAUUUCAUGUCAUGAAGUUUUAGACACAAUAUUAAAUGUUCUUCCACGUAAAUUUGCGUGAACUGCGACGCUGCAUUUAUGUGCAUCUAGUAAGAUGUAAAAUCACAGGAAAUUUUUUAAGUGUGUAGAAAGUAUUAAUUUUGUAUUUUAUUCUUCACAUCUUUCUCACUUGCUUGUGUCUCCGCAGUACUAAUAUUGUAUUAAAAAUCAACAUGAGUACUUGGAAGAGUCAUCAGUUCUGUCGGACCACAAACAAUAACGUUACUCUCUUACAUUUCGCAAAUUGAUUGCUAUUGAUUCGUGAUUUUAUUAUUUUGUAAACUUAUAAUAUUGUUGUCCAUAUUUGUUGCUUUUUGGUCCACUAUGCACUAUAACAUAAAAAUCUACUACAUCAUCGAUGGAAUAUUUUUUGAGAAUAUUCUUUUAGAUAAAUUCAAUUUUCUUACAAUGUAUAUUAUCUAACACAACUUAAUACCAUAUAAAAUCUCUGCACACCAAAAAAAAUUCAAUAAUACAGGUGACUUAAUUCCUCAUACGAUGUAAUUCAUAAAGACCUAAUUUGUCAAAUAACGGAAAAUUUUAUUUGUAAUGACUUAAUGUUAGAUUAGCUUGAAUUUUACCGGUUUCGACUGUAACUUGCAUUAUGCUAGCAUUUGCGACUGUAUGAAUUUAAAUGCACCUUUUACCAACCCAGCAGAUGUAUGCUUCUGUGGCUCAGUCGAUUGAUAGACGUACAUGCGAUCCAAUGAUUCUCGGUUCAAGUCGCGGCGUUUGCUUUCAGCAUUUUUUUUAUUUCAAUGAAUUUCAUGUCGUGGAGUUUUAGACACAAUGAUAAAUAUUCUUCCACGUGAAUUUACGUGAGCUGCUCCAUUUAUGUGCAUAUAAUAAGAUGUAAAA